UCCACGCAAAUACAGUUUGUUGAAAAUAAAUGCAUUUCCCAUCGCUGUUACUUAAUGUUAGUGUUUGUGAACAACAAGUCUGAUGGGGUCGCAUUUAGUUUUGCAUUUCCAGCCGGUGAUUGUAAUGAAUAAAAACGCUGAGCAACGCCUUCCGCAGGUUAUACUCACGCAUACAUAUUAAAAAUGUUUGAAGAGUAUUUCACAAAAGCUGAAUCUGACGGCUUAACUUUAUUGUGCGGAGUUUAGGAAAUAAAUGUUCAAAACAAGAGUUAAAGAUUAUGCUUGGGAAGCUUUCUAACCUAACCCGUAUUACAGAUGCAGCGUGGACGUGCCAAAAAUCCUGAAUUUCAUCCCUGCCUAAAUAUGCGUGUUUUGUGGAGAAUAUAGAUUGGAAAUAUUUGUUGAAAUAUUUAUGAAUAUAGACCUGCAACGUCCCCUCAUGCUUUUUAAAACAAAUUAUGUGUUUUUAUAGUUUCAAUGAUAUGUUCAUCAUUCUUAAGAACUGUGGUCAUUAAAAAAAAAAAAGAAAGAUGUUUGACCUUGAACCUAAGAACUGGAACUUAGUUGUCCUGCUGGGGCGCCUCAUUCUGUCCCGUUUCAUCAAUAGAAAAACCUAAAGCGAAGCUGUGCUGAAUAGGAAAAUAACUAAAUGCAUGCUCUAUUUUCCAGGCAGGUACAGCUUUGCUCUCUGUAGCCUUGCUUCUCCACACAUUGUUCUGUGACAGGUGACUGCAAGUUUAUGAUGCAUAUUGGAAACUUAUGGCGAUCAUUGGGGAAUUCUUCUGUUGCACACUGAUUUAUGUUUGCUUGCGGGUCUGAACAGGGGUGUGAGAUAUUAUACCGGAAAAAAAAGCUUUCAUUUGCUUUUGGAAGAGAUGAGUGAGUCAUGCUGUCAGGAGAUCCGGAGCUGACACAUCUCUUCUGGAGUAAAAAGGUCCCUGUUGACAGUGACUCUUACGUGGGUGCCUUGGUAUCGCUCUUGACCCAGUUAGUGUUCAGAUUUCAUAGUAAGCCGUGGAUUCUGUGGGUGUUGCUUGUCAUAUCUCUUUAGACCAGGAGCGAGGAUUUGGGUGUCUGUUCUUGAAAUGUGUCCAUGUGCCCUGCAUGGCUUUAUAAAUAAAGGGGCUAAGACAGAGUUAACCAUUUGGUGUUUCCUUACCUCAUUUGGGGAGGAAAUUGACAUAUUUUGAGCUUCUAGAUUUGAGUAGAUGAGCUGGCUGUGUUUGGUUGAUGCUUGUGGAGGUGGUUGGCAGCCUUUGUGUGUUUUGUUUUUUUGCAGGUGCUGUACAGAUACACAAGAGGUUCAGACUCCAAGCCAACACUGUCUGUUUCUCUGUCAUUGAUCACUGCCAUUCAACCAGCCUAAAUGGGUUUUUGUGUUUCUCAAGCUGCUUGCAUUAACGUUGUUUGCAUUUGCUGUAAGCCGUGGAGGGUCUGUAACAUGAGCAGCCUCUGUACACUGGGCCUGACAUCCAUCUCUGUUAACUGACUCCUUGGAUAAAAAGCAUUCCUCAGCCUUUAAUGUCAGCGCCCCAUACAAAGCUGUACUGGGUGAAAUAAACUGUUUAUCUUUAUCUUAAGGGAAAACAAGCAUUUGGUAUUUGCAGGAUCACCAGUAGUUGAAACUGGGGUUCCACUGUAGUGUGCUUUGCAUUGGUGUUUGGCAGAAAGUAUCAAGUUGAUUGGUGACUAGUAUACAACCCAGAUGGCAUUGAUACCUACUGAAUCAUCUGAGCUGAUGCUAGCAUGAGACUCUUAAAGACAUCCUUAUACCAAAUGAUUUUUCAAGUAAUUUCACUGUUCCAGACAAAUUCCCAAUGUCAGAAUAAAUCAUAAGAGUUUUGCUAUAGUUGCAUCGCAAUUAACACUGAGAAGUGGUCAGAAUACUGGUCUUAAGUCAGUCAUUUUCUCAUUUUCAUGUCCUGAUAAAAUCAACCAAGUUUAAUGUUAUCAUAGGUCUUUAGUCCAGGCUCAUGCAAGUAGUAACAAGGACAUUGUCAACAAUGAAGUGGUGAGCUCCAGUUCCUUUUAUAGGACGGUCAGACCUCUCUGUCCCUGUUCACUCAACCGGGGUCGUGUCCACAUUCUGCUGUCUUUUUUUGUUUUUGGCUAUUUUAUCAUUGCAAACUGUUGCACACAUAAGAGCAGCUCUGACCAAAAUCUGUGUUUCUGCUCCAUUGUUCAAUCAUUUUUCUUGUAAAUUUCCCCCAGGAGCAUGAUGGGAAAUAAUCUCAAAAGGAAUCUAGUUGCAGUCUUUCAAAUUGUGACCAUGCAAGAUCCCCAGUCUUUGCAAAAUGAUAGUCAGUGGAAAAAAAACACUUAUAAACGACACAUUGUCUUUAGAUGUGAGAGGGUGUCUGACUUUAGUCUUUUCAUAGUCUUCUAGUCUAUGGUUAGCAUAAGGCAGUGUUUCCCAGCCCAGUCCUUGGGGAAUCCCGGACAGUCCACAUUUUUGCUUCCUCUCAGCUCCCAGUGCAUCUGUAACAGGUGUUCGGUGUUCCUGAUUGGCUGGGAGUUGGGAGGGAGCAAAAACGUGGACUGUCCAGGGUUCCCCCGAAGUCUGGGUUGGGAAACACAGGUACAUAAGGUAUAUGGCCCAAAGGCAGUGCUUUCUGCUGCUUCACCCUGUAGACCUUCCCUGCUCACAUGAUUUUACCUCUAUGUGCAGGUGGUGCUAGGGCUUUUACAACAUGACAUUCAUUUAGUAAACAAGCUACUCCUUGUAAAUGAGAAUUCACAUAUUAGUGUUUUACUGCUUACUGUAUGUGUUUUUGGUAGUUGCUGUUUGGACAGUGAUAGUUGCUAUGUAGAUAUAAGGCCGUCAGUUGCCAGAAUUGUCCUAAACAGCAGCUGCUUGGUUUUAUCUGGAUUAAUAGAUUUGUAGACCAUAAUGUUACCAGUUUUUUCCAAUAUUGGUCAAGUAUAAUCCUUUAUAACCCCAAUAUGAUGCAUGAUAACUCACUAUAGGGGAUGGCACACAAUUUUUCAGAUCAUGUUGUUUGUGUGAUGCCAAUAUUGUCAAAGCCAAAUGUUAAUUUCAGAAAAAUCAGAAUCAGAAAAACUUUAUUGAUCCCGGAGGAAAUUGCUCAAUUUACCCUUUUGUUUUUAUUUACCCAUUUGUUUUUAACAGCAAAUAAGCUGUUUAUUUACUGGAAGUCCAGGCAUGGCAGACUGGCCCAUCUGUAAAGCCCAUAGCCUGAGAAUGAAAUCCCACAUUUCUAUGAAAAUGCAUAUGUGCAAUAUAUAAAGAUUUGUUUUCUAAAUGACCUUUUUUUUUUAAUAAUAAUUGUUCUCUAAAUUGUUUGUGUCAUGACAUGCUGCAUUGUGGAUUGCUGCUUGCGGGGGAGGGUGCGUGUUUUUCUGUCUGUUACAGAAAUAAGAACCCAUAAUUUCUGCCAACGCAAGCUCUUACACUCCUUAUUAAAUCUUGCAGUCUCAACACUGUUCUAGUCAGCCGAAUGGUAGGCUGGGAUUCUUUAUCAAGGGGUAAUAGGAAUUCUUUCUAAAAAUAAGUAGUCUGCAGGGAUUAAUAAGACUACCACUUUGUUUGAGAUGCAUCUUCAGAUGUCUGUGAGCCUCCUGAAUAAUUUUACUGGCCGUUCUCCUGUGGGCAGGUUUCAUUCCUGUCGUGCAGCAAUCACUGCGCCAAUCUUAUGUAAUUCCCUUUGACCGUUGGCUUUUGCAUUCUGUUGAACAGAGAGCAGCUCAGACAGGAUUCUGAGCAGAAGCCAACAGGGAGGACGUUGCAUAAUCCCCACCUCCCCCCUCCCCGCCUUUACAGUGGCAUUGCCACCACUGCCUGAAGCUGAAUCUGUAAUUGCAUUAGAAAAACUGGGGUCUUCAUCAUCCGUCAAGGCAUACGUUUGACAGUACAUAGUUGCACGGGGUUGAACAAGCUUGUUCAAGUCUCUCUGUAUACAUUGGUGGGGGGGGGGGACGUCUCCAGUGUGAUAAGGUAAGCGCUUCUUGCAUUCACAGCAUUCCUCGUGAAUGGCUGGACCCUCCAGAGAUUUGCAGUGCUGAUUUUUGAUGCUUGUUAAUAUGCCGUUGGAGGAUGGACACCCGUGUCAGUGAAGUCCGACAGUAUGUGCUUCAGCCUGGGACGGACUGCUGUGUUAGCAGUCUACACAGGAGACAGACAGAGGUCAACCAGCUGCCAACAAUGGACAGAAUUGUAUUGUAAAUCAAAGGUGAAGGUAUGGUAAUGUUCCAUAGAUGGGUCGGCUUAUCAUUUGACUGAAAUACCACUAUUUUUUUUUUUUUUCCUUUGCACAUUUUUUUUAUCCACUCUAAAACCCAGCCUACCCCAUAGAUCUCUCUGGAUGUGCGAAAAACAUGUUUAGAGACUAAAACACACCUUAGAAUUGUGAGUCUUCAGCCUGCUAUUCCUUUUGUUUAAAGCCUGCUGGCUCAGAGGAACUCAGUAUUUCAUCAAACCUGAAUCCCCAAUCAAGGAUUCACCUUGCUUGCUCAUUGUCUGUUUUGGGAAGAUUAAUUUUUCAAUUAGGCAUUCCUUCAAAAAGAGUUCUAUAUAAAAACAGCAUGAAUUAACACUUUAUUCUUGGGAAGACUGUUAUGUCUGCAUGAGGUCUGUCACCUGCAUUGUCUUCCUGAAUGUUUUUGGUGUCAACCACAAGGCCCCUGAGAGUAUGAAGUCUGCAAAUGCCAUAUAUUCAUUUAAUUAGACUGUCCUUUAAGGGAGGCCCCAUUUGUACACUGUGGGUACAGUGCUGCGCCUUUGCUCCAAAUCUUAUUGAGGAGGACGCAUCGCAAAAUAUCUAAAAGAAGCUUAACGCGUCAUGUUUCCACUGCCUGCUGGCUCGUGCCCCCGGCUCUGCUCUUUCUGUACUGAGGCCAGCGUCUGGGUGGAUUAUCCAGAUCUACCCCUUGUCCUGCUUGUCCCGGAGAUGGCUGUGCAGAGCCGCCGCUCUCCCUCCUCCACGCGCAGCAUGCUGGUUGAGGGCUGCGCACAUUGUGUCUGUUAUGACCCAGACCAAUGUGCAGACAGCCUGUGCCAGCUUUGGGUGGACAAGAGAUGCCUGGUGGGUAGGAAAAACAAAAAUGCUUUGGCUUUCAGUCUGGCAGCAUGUGUAGCUUAUGCUAACAUCUCCUAUAGCAACCGUUUUGGCAGACUUGUAGGUCUGAAACUAGCCCUGUCUGUCUUCAGCUAUUUUUCCUUAUGUAAGUAUAGGACACUCCAGCCUGAUCCCACAUUUGCAACACUGUUUCUUCCCCUCUGGUUCAUUAAGGAGCCUUCUGCACUGCCAUUUGUGUGUUUAGGGUGUAUAUAUUUAAUGUCAUGCUUUUUCUGGUAUAAACAGCUCAUGAAAAUGGACAGAUAAGCCUUUUGUAAAUCCAUUUAAACUACCUGCAUCGACACCUGGGUGAAAAAGGUUUUAGCUCUUCAAGCAUUUGCUUGGCUUAUAGUGGCUGUUAAGAAGACAAAGUGGCCAUUUUGUGUUGUCAGCCUAUCCCUCUUUUGAGCUCACAUAGUGAGUAGCAUCUUUUUGUGUAAUAGCCAAUGUAUAUUACUGUACAACAAAAGCCAUAUGUUAGAAUCUGGUUCCCUCUAAUGGAGGAGCCACAUUGAUAAUAUGGUCAGGCUGUUUGGUGAGUGUGGAAGUGUCUUUGUUUCACAAAAACAAGCACAACUUAAAUCUAACAGGCACAAUCAUUAUGUAAUCACAAGUUCUAAAAAUUGUAUAAUAGAGAGAACACAAAUAUAGAGUCUCAAGCUUUUUUAUGGAUUUUGUUGAUUAAUUUGACUUGUCAAUACUGAUAUUGCACCUGUAGCAUCAGUUGCCUGGGAUUAAUGCCUACUUUUAAUUGAAAGAAACUUGCACAUCUAUAGUCUUUUUACUUAGAUACCCAUGUUUUUACAUGACUCGCUAUUCCCACAAAUUUAAUUAGUAUAAAAAUUAAUGUUGGUGUGCUCUUUUCUCUGCCAUGUAAGUUGUUAAUAUGAAACCAAACUGAAUGCCCUCACUAGACUGUAUUGUUUGUCAGCUGACAUUGGUUAUUAUCUCAGAUCAAUGUGCUUUUCAGAACAACAGAUGGGGUGGUGGUGCAGCCAAAUGCACUCCAUUGUAGUGUCAGGCCGGAAGGACUUUGCGUUUGGCAAACAAACAGCAUGCAGCCUUGAGAGAAGUCGGGGGAUUCCAGACAGCCACACCCUCAGACCUGGAUCGUUAAUCACAGCCUAGCAGGCAGGAAAGCAAAACUACACCCAGGUUGAAAGGGAUGUCUUUCCCGCCAGUGAUGCCUGGUCUGCAAGACCAGCGCAUUUAAGUUUAGCAAAUGAUCUGGAAACAGCCAUUAGACAUUUUCAGAGAUGCCAUGGUAAUAAGUGUGACCGGUGGCCUGUACUACGAAGCAGGGUUACUGGCUUAUCGGGGUAACUUGUCGGAUUUAAGGUACCACAGUUUAAAUGGACUCCAUAUUCAUUCACUUACAUUUUGCCCAGACUACCUUCAAUCCGACAAGUUACCCCGAUAAGCCAGUAACCCUGCUUCGUAGUGCAGGCCCCAGGUGAGUGUUAGAUUGCUUCCCUUCAUAGGGUUUUGUUUACGUUCUGAUUAUUUGUCAAGGAGUCCCUGAGGGGUAGUCAGUUGACGACUAUCCAAUGUCCAAACCUAGGUCGUCUUGUAUCUGAUUCCUACAGACACCCAGAAGCCCACUCACCUAGCGUAGAGGUAGGUGUAUUGCUGUGAAUUAUGUUUUGUUUUGCUUCCAAAAGCUGCUAAAGAGGAGCACUGAAGGCAAGAGUCCCCCUUUGGUCCAUGAACCCAAGUGGUUUGAGACAAGAACUCAAAGGAUGUCACUUGGCACACCAUUGAACACAUCUUGGCUUUAAUCACAUUGAUAUGACUGCAGUGGACAGUGGUGAUUCAUUCAUAUGGAUGUCUGAAUGUCCACAGCACUGAGACGCCGAAAGACGUGUUUGUGACGGCGGCUCAGCGGGUUGCAGCCAUGGAGGAGGCCGCCAGCCAGCUGGAGAGGGACCACGUCCACAGCGUCUACGAAAAGGUUGCGCCCUACUUCAACGACAGCCGUUACAAAGCCUGGCCCAAGGUCCGACAGUUCCUCCUGGAACAGGAACCUGGAAGCAUUAUAGCAGACGUGGGUUGCGGCAAUGGAAGAUACCUGCACAUCAAUGAGGACAUAUUCAAGCUUGGCUGUGAUGUGUGUCGCCCCCUGGUGGAAGCGGCACGCUGCAAGGGCCACGAGGUCCAGGUGUGCGAUGGCUUGCGGCUGCCGUUCAGAGAGGGUUGCUUCGAUGCCAUUCUCUCCAUCUCAGUCAUCCACCACUUAUCUACCAAAGAGCGGCGCAUCAGGGCAGUAAAGGAGAUGGCACGCACGCUGCGCGUGGGCGGGCGCCUCAUGAUCUACGUCUGGGCCAUGGAGCAGAAGCGGCGCAGGUUCCAGAAGCAGGAUGUUUUCAUCCCGUGGAACCCAAACCCCCCCGGCCCUACCUCUGCUGGCGGGAUGGGUUCCGAAGCACACCGCCAGGAUGGCAGCGAUAGCGACAAGCACAGGAAGGUGAAAAGCACAUCCUCCGUGGUGGAUGACGAGGACACUGCCGCGGGGGCCCACCAGAGCUCCAGGAGACGAUGGUCCUUCUCCAGGUCGCUGGACUCAGUGCUGGACUUUGGGGGUCUGGCCGUGUCCAGGACCUGCAGCAGGGAGUUCAACAAAUCCUGCGCUGAGGUUGCUGUGCUGGAUACGUCGAGAACCAGCCGGCGUGGCCGCGGGAUGGGUCUCAUCAGGCAGGUCUCCAGCCUCUUCUCCUCCUCAUCGCGGUACAGCUCCGAGGAUGAUGUCUUCGGCUCAACGACAGACCUCGGGAACCAACCAGAGAGGAUCGACGACGGCACCAACGCUGGCGUCGGCCCAGAGAAGCACGUUUCUUCUGGCACCAUCAUGCAUGGCUGUGGGUCCGUGCCCCUACCGGACCUGAUCACGCAUCAGAAGGAGAGCUCCACAGGGGCCACCAGGACUGAGCAGCCUGUAGGCCCAGAGGAGAGCUCCUCACAGUGGUCAGGCAGCACAGAGCGCCUUGGAGAGGAGAUGAAUGAAUGGAGCAACACUGAGGCUCUGGGCUCCUGCCUGCGCUACUACCACGUAUUCAGAGAAGGGGAGCUUCUCGAGCUCAUCGAGAAGCAUGUCGAGGAGCUCCACGUCCUUCAGAGCUAUUUUGACCAUGCCAACUGGUGUGUGGUGGCCGAGAAGGUUGAGGUCUGGAAGGUCUAACACUAGGCUGCAGUAUCUAUGUAUUUUAAAAAUUUAUUUUCCAAGCCAGUAUUACAUUUUAAAUGUUUUUAAAUUUCACUCUAAGAACAUGUGCGAAUACACCUGUUUUCAGACUAUGUUGUGUUUUGGGAAUUGCUACCUGGAAUCAACAUUUUAAACACUGAGUAACAAUAAGCUCUCCUUUAAAUUUCGUUUUCGUAUGGAAACUCACUUGUAAGUCACUGAGCAUUUACCAAAAAUGCAGAAUAAGUUUUAGUAAUUUAGAAUCCUGUGCGGGUGUGUGUUUGUGUCGUUUUUUAAAGUUAUUUAUGUGACAAAAUCUUAUGAUUGCCUUGAAAUGUUCUGAGUGAUGAAGUGCAGUGUGAUGAAGACAUUGUGAUAGUUAUUCCUUGCACAGCUAUAAACCUGGGACACGAUUAUUUCUGAGAGUCUACCAAGCUGUGGAUUUAUUACAGAAGUUUGUUGCCUAUUAGAUUAACUGAUACCAUCCACUGUAGUGAUUUUUUUUUUCUUCUGCAAUAUAGGCAGCCUGCCUCACUGAGGUAAGGGGGAACCUCAUUCAGAGUGUGCAUUAUGGUUUGUCAUCAACAGUAAUAUAAAUAAUAAUAAUAUACUGUUAGAUGUUUUUGCCAAGGAUCCAAAAUAGGCUGCUAUCAAAAGAACAAAUACUUAUACAGUGCACUUUGUAGUUGUAGAUUUGUGUAUUUGAGAAAUGUGUAGUUUUAGCCUGGUUUUAGGUUUAGCCAAAGAGACUGACUGGAACGUUUGCUAUAGAUCUGCAGGCAUUUGUUGAGUAGAACAGCCCCUAACCUUGUGCAGUUUCCCAGAACCUGCGUUGUGUUGCACAUAUGCUCAGUACUGGACCAUGUGAGCAAAACCUUAGCAAUCUGAAUACUAAGUAACUGUUUUUAAAAGUCAUUUAUCAUUUUGUGACCUUUGUCUUAGUGCUAAACUGAACAGCUGGCGAGUCUGUACUGCUGGUAGAGUUGCUAGAAAAUAUUUGCCACAAAGCACUUCUCCGCUGCCAAGCUGUGUUGUCGUAGGUGUCGCUGCUACAUUCGCUUGCAUGUUGGGUCCAAACACUUGAAUCAUCUGUUUGUUUUUGCAGUCGUGCUGUGAUGUGACCAAUGAAUGUCUCCUCCUUUUUGCCAGACAAUUUUAAAAGGUCUGACAGGUUUCCCUUGUUCAACAUUUAUUUUAAUAUGUGUAUUUAUUGCCAAAUAAAUGAAUUUUGAUGUUUAAAACAAA